GUCUAUCCAGGAACGAGUAGUCCAAGUAUGUCUCAGUCGCAAGGAAACCAAGUUCCUGAACUGCAAACCGACUUUAAUCAACUCGGAAACGAAUUUCCAGAUCAACCUUCUCAGACGAAAACCGACGAGCUUGAGCGAUCUUCGCAAUCUCAAGCAACCAGUCAUCAACAGCGGGGAGAAGGUGACAUUGAAGUGCGUCUUUUACCUAUUGCUGGUGGUGCUUAUGGGGCAGUACAUGAGGCAACGCUGAAACACAAUCGCAGUAGAUUGACUGUCGCCGUAAAAACUUUGUAUCGGAAUGUCCACAGUUGUGAGAAAAAAUUUUACAAAAAGCUUGCCAAAGAG